AUGGCGGAUGGAAAUACAAUUCCGGCCGUCAAUAGCUCGGGGAGGCUCUCGUCCUUUUUCGGACGCAUGCAAGAAGGUGUAACGAUUCCUGGGUCCGACGACUGCAAGAACUGCACUCAGAAAAAGAGAACAUGCGUAAAGGGCGAGUGUUAUCGCUUUUGCCCAGUGCUAUCGGUUCGGUUCAAUGCAGGUGAGAACAUUGGUGCCGCCCAGCAAGAGCUGGAGUUUUCAGAGAAUCAAACCUGGGUAGAUAUCCCGACAACAUUGAAAUUCCUACCCCCGAACGCCGAAGAUGACGAGGAUAUUUCUAUUUCUGGAAGUGAAGAAUAUCCCAUUGCAGCCCCCCAGGACGCCAAUAUCGAUUCAAGUGGUAGCACCUUAUCGUUGACUUCCGCUGACAGGCCUCGAAGCCUGUCGUACUCGGAACAGCAAGAUGCAUCCGGUUCCACGGGAUUUUUCUCCACAGUCCUGGACUCUCCGUCGAAUAUCACCUCCGAUCUUGCUGAGUCGCAUGACAUAAUCGAUCCCGAUGCCUGUCCGAUAGGUGUAUCGGCCUCUGCCUUCUCUGCCUUCUCGCCGAACAUAUCAUUAGGUCAUCCAGCAAUACGACCAGACUCGCCAUUACUUACAACACACUCAUCCCUAUCCCAGACGUCCCCUUUCUCCUCAAGAUGGCCAGUGAAAAACAGACAUGAAGCGAGGCUCUUCCACCAUUACAUCGUGCACUGCUCUCCUUGGAUAGACAUAUGUGACCCAAAAUGCCACUGGGCCAAGGAAGUCCCUAAACGCGCUGCACACUUCCAAGUCAUCCUAAACGGCGUCCUGGCACUGGCUGCACGACACCUUUUUAUUACCGGAGAUCUUGAAGAAGACUUAUCCGAGCCUUAUGUCUCUGACUCUCUGCACACCUUGAUUGUAGCCCUUGAGGAUCCAUUAGCACAUUGGGACGAGAAUUUUCUCGUAGCUGUCAUAUUACUUAGACUGCAUGAAGAAAUAGGUGAAAUAGACGAGAGGUGCCAUCAUCUUGGUGCUUCACGCAUAAUCAAUACAUCAUCCUCAUUUGCUGCUGACGGCGGGCUGAGGGAGUCUGCGAGCUGGGUAUCACUACGGCAACAUAUUUACGUCUCCCUUACAACCCAACGACCAUUGGAUCUAAGCCUUGAGAAUUAUCGUUGUUCUUCCAUCUUCAGAGAAUCCCACGAGGAAGCCUGGGCAAACAGGAUAAUAUUUUGUUUUGCCCAUAUUCUUAAAAACGUGUUCGAGAACGAUACGCUUGGGCGCCUUUCUCAAGAAAAGUGGACUGAACUGGAUGCCGAAGUGGACGAGUGGGAUAAUACAAAGCCUUGGACUUUCGCCCCUUUAGCUGAAGACCAAUUUGUGGAUAAGAACAUCGAACCUGGUCGCGCACAAUGGCACGGCGAAUGGCCUGAGCUACUAGUUACACAUCCAGCCCAAGCAGUCGGACUGCAAUAUUUUCACCUCUGUAAAAUCAUGCUCACGUUCUACAACCCUCGGGCUACGCGUGUUGGCCUGACAAGCCACCGCUCAAGAAUCGUCAUAGACGGAGAAAUCAGGAAGCAUAUGCGCAUGAUCUUUGGCUACGCCAAAUCGAACAAUCAUGUCAAAAAUGCCCAGUUUCAAGUUUCGCAUAUUCUAGCUGCCUGUGGCGCCUACUUGACUGACGCUGAAGAGCAAGACGCAGCGGUCGAGUAUUUGAUAUCCAUGAAGAGAACGACAGGUUGGAAAACUGAUCAUGUUAUUAAAGAUUUACGAGAGCAAUGGAAAAUCUAA